AUGGCAGCUGCAGAGGCUGGCGCGAGUCUGCAGCUGCAGCAGGAAAUUGCUGCUGUGUUUGCUUCUGCAGGCAGCAGCAGCAACGAGGUGCAGCAGCAAGUUGCUGCUGCUCUCAGCCGCAUCAGCGAAAUCCCCAAGGUGUACAUACACUACGCAGCAAUCCUGGGGAGCUGUCAGUACACCCCAGAUGUGCGGCAGGUUGCGGGCCUUAGCCUGAAGUCUGCGCUGCAGCGGCAGCAGCAGCUGCAGCAGCAGGAGCUGCAGCAGCUGCUGCCGCCGCUGCUGCUGGCGCUGCAGGAGCAGGCGCGGCCGCUGCGGGCUGCAGCGGGGUCUGCCGUGACGGCGCUGGUUUGCUGCCAGCAGCUGCAGCAGCAGGAGCUGCAGCAGCUGCUGCAGCAGCUGCUGCUGCUGCUGGACUCCCCCAACGGGGACGUGGCGGAAGCAGCUCUCAGCACCCUGUCGAAGAUAACAGAGGAUUUGCUGCAGGGGGUGCGUCUGCAGCAGCUGGAGCAGCAGCAGCUGCAGCAGCAGCAGCAGCAGCAGCUGCUGGUGUUCAUCCCGUGGGCGCAGCAGCAGCUGGUGCCGCGGCUGCUGCGGGAGGCGACCCCGGCCGCCGCUGCUGCAGCGCCCGCGCAGCAGCAGCAGCAGCAGCAGCAGCAGCAGCAGCAGGCCGUGUACACUUUAAACCUCAUUUCUGCUGCUCAGGGCUUCUGUGAAGGAGCUCCUUUUGCUUCCUUCUUCGGAGACUAUUGGGGGGCCCUGGGGUCUCUUGCUGCAGCAGCAAAUCCCAAGACGCAGCGCGCAGUUAUAUAUGGGAUUCUGCAGGUGCUGGAGAAGCAGCCAGCAGCAGCAGCAGCAGCAGCAGGGCCUCUCGCGGACUUCUUCAUUCGCUGCCUCCGCGCUGAAGACUACCAGCUCAAGCAGGACGCCCUCGAGUUUUGGCCUGCCAUACUGCGGGAAGCUUCAAACUCUGGCCCGGAGCAGCAGCAGCACGUGCUGCAGCAGCUGCGGCUGAGGCUGCCGCAGCUAAUUCCUUUGCUGGUGGCCAACACGAUAUAUACAGAGACUGACUUCCUGAAUAUGGAUGCAUCUCAACUAGAAGAAGAUAAUGCUGCAACAGCAGACGACGCGCAAGACGUGGCGCCGCGAUUUCACCGCAGCAGGGACCCAGCAGCAGCAGCAGCAGCAGCAGGGGACUCUGCUGCAGCAGCAGAAGAGGACGAAGAAGAUGCAGCAGCAGCAAGAGGCACUUGGGGAGAUAGCUGGAGUGUUAGAAAGGGGAGUGCUUUGGCUCUGGACCAUUUUGCUGCUGUUUUUAAAGACGAAGUGCUACCGUUUGUGCUGCCGCUGAUAGAGGAGGGCCUGCAGCAGCAGCAGCAGCAGCAGCAGCAGCAACAGUGGCUGAAGCAGGAAGCAGCAGUUCUUUCGCUGGGAGCUGUUGCUCAUGGCUGCCAAGAGGCCCUCAGCCCCCACUUGCAAACAGUUUUGCUUUAUUUGCUGCAGCUCUCGAAGCACCCCAAGCCGUUGCUGCGGAGCAUAUCCUGCUGGUGUAUUUCCCGCUACGCGUCCUGGCUGUGUCAGCAGGAGCACGAGCAGCAGCAGCAGCAGCAGCAGCAACAGCAGCAGCAGGGAGUGGGGAGCGGGGGCUCUCCGUCGGCUGCUCAGCCGCAGCCGCCGUCGGGAGCAGCAGCGCAGCCGCAGCAGCAGCAGCAGGAGAGCCUGUUCGGGCAGGUGCUGCAGCAGCUGCUGCAGCGGCUGCUGGACCGCAACAAAAGAGUCCAGGAAGCAGCAUGUUCAGCUUUUGCUGCUAUAGAAGAUGAGGCCCGGGAGCUGCUGGUGCCUUAUUUGCAGGCAGUUCUUGCUGCGCUGCAGCGGGCUUUGCAUCUUUAUCAGACGAAAAACAUGCUGAUUCUUUGCGACGCUUUGGGCACUUUGGCCGAAGGUGUGGGGCCCCACAUUUGCUGCUCUCUCGGCAGCAGUUUGCUGCUGGAUUUGCUGCAGCUCAGCCAGCAGACGCAGCCGGGGCAGCCGCUGUGUCUGGCCCUUAGUGAAGCUGUUGCAUGCAUUGCAGCAGCAAUGCAGGGAGCGUUUGCUCCCUACGCGCCUGUAGUUUUGGAUUUGUGUCAGCAGCGAAUGAGUCAAGUGCUGCAGCAAAUCGAAGCCCAAAACCAGGGAGACACUUCGGUGUGGCCUGACCGCGACACUCUGGAGUGUUCGCUAGACAUGUUGAGUUCUGUGGCGGACGCGCUGGGGCAGCAGCUGCUGCCGCUGCUGCAGCAGCGGCAGCAGCUGCUGCUGCUGCUGCUGCAGUGCUGCCAAGACAAAAGUCCCUCCGUGCUGCAGUCCGCCCUCGCCCUCGUCGGCGACCUGUCCAGACACUGCGCUGUGCUGCUUACUCCUGACGUCAUCUUCCCCAUUCUGCAGCAGCAGCUGCUGCACGGAGCCAUUUCGGUGGCGAACAAUGCGGGCUGGGCUUUGGGAGAAUUGUCUCUUCGGGUGUCUCCUGAACUUUUGGAUCCUUUUGCUGCUUCUCUUGCUGCUCAACUUAUUUUCAUUCUCCAGAAGCAAGACAUGCACCGCGCUUUGCUGCAAAACGUCGCCAUCACACUCGGCCGGCUAGCCCGCGUGUGCCCCAACCGGCUGGCCCCCUUUCUGCCGCAGUUUUUGGGCCGCUGGUGCGCUGUGGCCAGAACUGCCCGAAACGACACUGACAAGGCAGGAGCCUUCCAAGGUGCUGCUGCUGCUGCUGCUGCUGCUGCUGUGGUUGCUGCUGCUGCUGCUGCUGCUGUGGUUGCUGCUGCUGCUGCUGCUGCGGAGGGGGGUGCGGCGAGGGGUGCUGCGGCUGAUGGGGGAGGAGGAUUUGGGAUGGAAUAUGCGGCUUGA